UGGGGGGGGCAGGGGAGGCGCUCCCCGAAACUCUCCAUAUCGUCGGAUCUGGGCUCCAAGACCAAGAGGAUCGGUGAACGCCCGCAGAGCAGGCCAGGCGUCCGAGCAAGGCAUUCGUCCUAAGACCCUGAGAGUGUCUGUGGCAACCAUCCCCUGGGGUUCCUCGUGAGCUCUCCGGGUCUCAAGCCCUCCAGCCUCGCCCGCGCCCCACCGGUCUCCAGACUGCAUCUCUAGCCUGGUCCUUAAGUGAAUUAGGAGAAGAGGAAGGUUGGAAGCGAGCCCCGCCAAGAGAAAGGGAGCGCAUUCGGUGAUAGAACGUCUGGACCUCGUUCCCGCCCCCAGGAGCGCUGCUUGUGAGGUUCCACAGGGAGGAAGCGAGCGGCGCGGGCUGCCACGCACGCACUGUGUGGAAGGGGCGAAGCAUACGCCUCCCUGUCACAGCCCCAUCAAAAUGGCUGCUUUUGGACACACAUUCCCCUUCUAUACUGGCCUCAAGCCAAUCUUCCCAAUGGACACCACCUUGGCCGUCAUCAUUGCCAUCUUUCUGACUGCACUGGUCACCUUCAUCAUCAUCCUGCCUGGCAUUCGGGGCAAGAUGAGAGUGUUCUGGCUGCUGCGGGUGGUGACCAGCUUGUUCAUCGGGGCCGUGAUCCUAGCUGUGAAUUUCAGUUCUGAGUGGUUCGUGGGCCAGGUCAGCACCAACAUAUCAUACAAGGCCUUCAGUUCCAAAUGGAUCAGUGCUGACGUUGGGCUGCAGGUUGGGCUGGGAGGAGUCAACAUUACACUUACAGGGAUCCCAGUGCAGCAGUUGAAUGAGACCAUCAAUUACAAUGAGGAAUUCACAUGGCGCCUGGGUGAAAACUAUGCUGAGGAAUAUGCAAAGGCACUGGAGAAGGGGCUGCCGGACCCUGUGCUCUACCUGGCUGAGAAGUUCACCCCGAACAGCCCAUGUGGACUGCAUGGCCAGUACCGCCUGGCAGGACACUACACCUCAGCCACACUCUGGGUGGCAUUCCUCUGCUGGCUGCUGGCCAAUGUGAUGCUGUCCAUGCCCGUGCUGGUCUACGGUGGCCACAUGCUGCUAGCCACAGGCAUCUUCCAGCUGUUGGGACUGCUCUUCUUCUCCACGGCCACAUCACUCACACCACCCUGUCCCCUGCGCCUGGGCACUGCUACGCUGCACACUCACCACGGGCCUGCCUUCUGGAUCACAUUGACCACAGGACUGCUUUGUGUGCUGCUGGGCCUGGCCAUGGCAGUGGCCCACAGGAUGCAUCCCCAAAGGCUGAAGGCUUUCUUCACCCAGAGUUCAGGAGAGGAUCCUGCGCUGGAAUGGAAUUCUGAAGAAGGGGGACUCCUGAGUCCUCGCUACCGGUCCACAGCCGAGAGUCCUGAGCCCCAGGACAUUCCCCUGUCAGAGGCUUCCUCUGAGGCAUGCUGUAAGAAGGAGCAUCCCAGAGAGCCUGACUGUACCCUAUAAGGCUCUUCUCCCUGGUGGCCACCCGGACUUCCAGUCUGGUUCCAGAUCUCAUUGGAGCCUCAUAAACCACCAGAAAUGACUGCAGGUUGGGUUGUUUCAGCCCCCCAGCUCCAAUCUAUAGGUGGAGAAGGAAAAAGAGGCUUUUCCUUUUAAAAAGCAAAACAAAAAGCCCUAAUAUGCUAAACAGAAAUUGGAGCCACCCAUAAACCCUGUCUCCCUGGUAAGACCAAGCAAGUGCUGCCUGUUUAUGCACAGCAACCCUGCCUUCUCUUGAUGCCUUGCCUCUUUGAGGUGCCAUUUAUUGAAACUCAGCUUCAUCUACAUAAUGUGUAUGUGUGUGUGUGUGUGUGUGUGUGUGUGUGUUGGGGAGGUUAUAGUGUGAUACCUGUAUGGUCCCUCUUAUCCCUCUUGUUUCCCUUUUUCUGGGUCCCUUUUGUUCUUCUUUUACUUCCCCAACUUGUGUGAUCUCUUGGUACAAUGAAAGUCCUGGGCCAGAGAAGAAACCAAACUUCUUGUCCCAGGAUAUCAACCACAUGUGCUACAUUAUCUUUAAGCUUCACUUCUCAAAUCUGCCAAAUAAGAUUGUAGGUCUUGCCAAGGACCUAAAAAAUAA